AUGGAUAAGUAUGGUGUGAAGACCCCCUUGUGGAAGAAGGAGCUGGAGGAGCCUUGCGCCAAGGAGGCGGCUCAGGAGAAAGAGGAGGAGAGGUCUGAGGAGGACGACGAGGAUGUGACCGCAGAUAGCGCGGCAGAGGACGCGGAGGAGACGCGCCAGGCGGAGGUGCAAGGCCGCGAGCGGCUCUCGGUGUCCUACUACCCACUGAGCCAGGAGUCCAGCACCCAGCAGGUGGCGCUACUGCGGCGCUCAGACAGCGGCUUCUGGGGCUGGUUCAGCCCCUUCGCGCUGCUGGGCAGCCUGGCUGCUCCUGCCGAAAGGAAGCGAAGCCUUCCGGAGGAGCCGUGCGUGCUGGAGACGCGACGGUCUCCGCGCCUCGGGGGCUGUGCGCGCUGCGAGAUCCUUUUUUGCAAGAAAUGCAAGAGCCUGCACAGCCACCCGGCUUACGUGGCGCACUGUGUUCUGGAACACCCGGAUCUGGGUAAGGCGGAGACGGCUGAGGGCUCUGAACAACUCCGCUCUCAGCCUGUGUCCUCCAACCUUGCCUAA